AGCACCUGACUGCGAGCUGCCGGGCGGGGGCGGAGUAGGACGUGCAGUUCCGUCCUGGAUCACAGGAGUACUCUGCACACAGUGGUAGACUAAAGAGUAAAUAAGGUCAAAGACUGAAUUAACUGGCAGAAGGCAUCUUUCCUUUGACCAUCAUCUCAGGGACAUCCGCUAUAGUGAAUAGAGUGCAGUCCCCUGCCCUUCUGCCUGUUUAGACCUCUGCUGCCUCUUGGGUCUUUCACUGAUUCUGGGGUGAACUAACUUACAGACAGAAACACACCACUAAUGUCAGCCAAGAAGAUGGAGACAACAGCGAGUGUGUCUAAUGGAGCGGGGCCCUUGUAUGAGGAAAAAGAAGGCGCCCUCGGUCCUGAGGAUCUGUCUGAGAUGCUAUCAGCAGGGACCAAGGAGGUGCAUGAAAAGGCUGAGAACACUCAGUUUGUGAAAGAUUUCCUCAGGGGACGCAUCCGGAAAGAGCUCUUCAAGCUUGGUGCCGUGGCACUCUACUAUACUUAUACAGCCAUGGAGGAGGAGAUUGAAAGGAACAAAGACCACCCCCACUUUGCCCCACUAUAUUUUCCUGUAGAGCUGCACCGCCACGAGGCCCUGGCUCGUGACCUUGAGUACUUUUAUGGACCUGACUGGCAGAGCCAGGUCAGCUGCUCCCAAGCCACCCAACGCUAUGUGGACCGUAUUCAUCAAGUAGGGCAGGCAGACCCAGUCCUGCUGGUGGCCCAUGCUUACACGCGCUACAUGGGGGACCUGUCCGGGGGACAGGUGCUGAAGAAGGUGGCGCAGAGAGCCAUGAAGCUGCCGCCCACAGGGGAAGGCCUGGAGUUCUACCAGUUUGAUGCCAUCCAUAGUGCCAAAGCAUUCAAGCAGCUGUACCGUAGUCGGAUGAACGAGCUGGAACUGGACGUGGAAACAAAGAAGAGGCUGGUAGACGAAGCUGUCAAGGCCUUCCAGUUCAACAUGGAGGUGUUUGAGGAGUUGGAAGAAAUUGGUAAAACCAUCCAGGAGGAUGUUUUAGAUGCUGGCAUGCCCGUCCAUGGAGCAAUGGGUGGAGAUAUCAGCAAGUGUCCCUACUAUGCUGCCAAAAUGGCGGCGUCUGGUGGAACAGCAUACUUCUGUCAGCUUGCCAUGGCUGUACUUCGACACCCAACAGGACAGGUCCUGUUUGCUACUUGGUUUGCUGCUCUGGCUGGAUUGGCUGCUUGGUAUCUAAUGUGAUCCAGCGGUCACCCUGUCACUCUGCUGCUGUGAGAGAGAGGGUUUAAACAGAAGGAAGGACAGUAAGGAGACAAGAGAAGUCCCUCAAACUGUAGACCAUUUCAUAGUUUCAUACAUAUUGUAAAUGGGUCAAAGUUUAUUUAAUGUUACAUGUUCGCUAAGAGCUGACAGGAAAUAAACUUGGAUCUGUUUUUUAUCGAUAGAAUUCCAAUGAAAUGAUCUAUAGGACCAUUAGGAUGUCAAACCCAUCCAUUCAUCUAUCUAUCCAUCCAUACGUCAAUAUACACAUUGUUACAGUUCUCCUGUCACUUUGUUUUCUCUACCUCCUGUGGACUAUCCCUCCAGCCUGUGUCCUCCGAAUGUGUGUGUGUGUGGUAGUAUUUCAAGUCCUUGUGUAGCUGGUUUCUGCUUUUGUCAUGGAAGCACACAUCGUGAACAGCUAAUUAAUUGUGAACGUUUGAAAUGAAACCGCCAUAUUGACGGCGCAUGGUGACUUUUAGAUCCUGCACAUGCAUUAACUAUGCAGUGGUACAUUAAAGCUGGAGUAGGCAAUUUAUUUCAGAAACAUUUUAGUUUUUUUACAUCCCAAUAGCAGUUAAUACAUCAAAUACUCCAACGUUGUCUACACUAGCUUUAAUUAAGAGUGAUGAAGAGAUUAUCAGUAUUAUCUCAUGGUGAGCUUAGUAAAAAUAUGCUGAAACACACUAUGUGCAUGUUAUGCAUGAGUAUAAUAACACAGUAGGUUUUUGCUGGGCAGACUGCUGCAUUGAUUUUUAAUGAGGCCUUGGUGUUUCAGUAUUUAAAGACCUUAAUUUGACCAGGCACAGGAAGUAAUGAAUGAGUUAAUGCAACAUUGAAACAGUGGUUUAUUUGUAAAUGUAAACUUAGAAAAUGUUAGGGGUGGGAAUCACCAGAGGCCCCAUGAUUCGAUAUUAUCACUUAUGUCACGAUACAACAUUUUUUGCGAUUUUAAACAUAUUGUGAUAUUUUGCAAUUUAUUACCUUUUUUUCCAACUUCGUAUUGUCCCGUUUUUCUAGUGGACUGAAAAAGCAAUUGAUUUUAUUAUUAUAGUACCAAAAAGUAAAAUUCUCACGACAAUUUAUAUAAUAAAAGAUCGAUACUUGGGGUCUGUGUAUCGAUACAAUAUUGCCACGUAAAAUAUCGCAAUACUAUGCUGUAUAGAAUCCCCCACCCCCCCACCCCUCCAUAUACUGUUAUACUUUAAAUCCAUCACCACAUUUCAAACAUGGCCUCCAAAAUGUUUGUACACAUGUUCUGUGCGACAGGUGAUGGAAAAGCUUUUUUCUCCUUCAAAAUAUAGCACACCUACACUUUGACUUUGAAGUGUAUGAUUAAUAAACAUCUUUCAGAUACUAGUGAAUAUACCAGAUGUUUGAAUCUCUACUGAUGCAUGUUCAAACGUACUAUUUGUCUGUUUCAGAAUAGUGCGUCUUGUGUUUCUAAAAAACUGCCUGCUGUCGAUUUAAAUGCAUAGCUUAACUAUCCAAGAGGAGUGACUCAUUGGUGUAUCAGUUUGACCUGCCAUAGGAGCCUAUAUUAGGACAAAGGUGUUGACAGAGGUGAUUACAGCUGUUUUAAAAGGAAAUUGUCUUUUUAUAAUACUAAUGGUAUGUCUAAAUUCUUCAGUAUGAACUACUUCAGGUUAGGUACUUCUAGGUAGGUCAUUCAGCAGCUCAGCUCUUGUUUAUAUAUCCAUUUGUUAUGGAUAAAACUGUAUGCAUCAUCACUAAAACUAUAAUCAUUAUUCAAAUGUUGUUCAUACUGUAGCACUGUUAAAGUUUUUUUCAACUUAGAGAAAGAGCAUUAUUUUGUGCUGUGUAUACUGUAUGCAGUGUUGUUGCACUGUUUUCUUGUGAUUUAAGUUUAAUAUUUAUCCUGACACAGUAAAUACAUGUCAUUACUUUGCUUUAUCUUUCCAAGCUGUUUUCUCCCCUUUGCUUUGUUUGUCGGUCAGAUAACAUUUCUGGCAGGUUCCUGUGCUGUUUGUAAUUUCACACACAUAUGGAUGUACAUUAUUCCUUCAUUAAGAAACCUCAUUCAGGACAACAGCUGUAGUGUGGCUGUUUGAUCGCAGACCAUGCCAACCUUAGUGAUACAUUUUGUAUUUGAGUGUCUCAGGUUCAUGUUGCAGUCAGAUUGCAAUACAAUACAUUGGAUAUGGAGGCCUAAUACAUGGACCCUAUGCCCUAAAAUUAUCUUGUGGUUCAAUGUCCAGGUGUUAUUUAAUUUUUUUUAUGCCAGUGUGAUGUGUCAAAAUGCUACAGGAUUUUUGGGGCAUAUUGAAGGGACUUACUUGAAACUCAGGAGUUCAGGUAGUUUUGGUCAUCGGUUAAACCUUAAAGUGAGUGGGAUACAUGACUAAUUCAUGUUGAUUUUGAAUUCUCUUGUGUUUUCAUUAAUUCUGCUUAUAAUCCCUUUGUGUGUUAUCUAACAGGACAAAGCUUUAUUAGCGACUGGCUAAAAUCCUCUCAUUGUAUGAGAGUAAAAGUCCAGCAGGAUGUUGUGCUGUCUAUAAUGACAUUAAUUCUGUUUUCCUGCUUAUGCUGAAAUAAAGGUGAUUCGUUUGGA